GCACUUGUUGAGCAAGCCCAUAAGGAUAUAGAAAUGAAAGAUGAGAGCAUCUUCAAACUCACUAAAGAGGUUGUGGAAUUAAAGCUAUUACGAGAAGAAGUAGAUGGAAGUCCUUCAAAAUCUUCAAGGAAUCCUGAGGAUUCUCCUGUUUGUAGGGUCACAACCCAUCUGGAAAAUGAAUGUGGUAAUUCAACCUCAUUAUCAGACUCUGGUCAUUUUGAUGAUGUGCUGUCUGUGACUUCUCCUCAGUCUAACCAUAGCCCUGGUCCAAGGCAGCUUGCACUGACACCUGAGUCUGAACGACAAGCAGAAAUUUACCAACGCAAAAUUGAUGACGUCAACCGUAAACAUGGGGAAAAGAGUGUUGAGGAUAGGAAAAGCCUUGUAGAUAUGUAUGAAAAGAAAAUGGAGGAAAUGUCAAGAAAAGCUAGUGAAAACUUGAAGCUAGAAAAAAAUGAACUCAUUGAAAUGUAUGAAAAACGCAUUGAAGAUAUUGUCAGAAGACAUCAGGAUAAACUUAAGGAAGAGAGAACUUUAGCCCAAGAUUCAUUCAACAAAAAGAUGGAGGAUGCCAAUACAAGAUUCAGUGAUUUACAACAAGAGUUAUUUCAAUGCAGAGAGAAUGCAGUACUCCUCGAGGAAGAUGUUGAAAAUCUUCGGAAGAAAAUUUUGACACAAGAGCAUCAACUUUCAGAGAAACGAAUAGCCCUGGUUCAAACAGCUCAGCUUGAAUCAGAGUUGCAAGUUCUACGUAGACAUGUGGAGGGACAGCAAGAAUUCUCUGAGCAGACCUCGCAGCUUCACGGUGAAUUAGCCGAAGUCGUAAGCCAACUAAAGGAGAUGGAAAUCAGAUAUAAGAAGCUUGAAUGUGAAAAAAAUGAAACUGAGGCCAAAUUUGAGGCUAUGCUCCAAGAAGCCCACGAGCAAAAAUCUCAUCUGGAAGGUGAACGCUCCACCAUGCUGCAAGGUCUCCAAGAAAUGGAAAAGAAAAUUGAGCUUUUGGAACAGGAAAAAUCAUCCUGUAUUGAGGACUUGCAAAAGUUAGUUGAGGUAAAGUGUAAGGCUGAAAAAGAAUUUAUUGAGGUAUCAAAAGAACUAAAAUAUUUUGAGGAGACAAAAAAGAAACUUGAGAGUGAGAAAACAAAACUAGAGGAUCUUUACAAAGAAGAGAAGAAAACAGUACAGCAUUUAAAAUUACAAUUGGAGAGUAAAUCAGAUCAGUUGCAGCAUUUUAUCAGUGAGGAAAGUCAAAAGAAAAGAGAUUUAGAAGACCAAACUGCAGAAAUCAUUGUCAUGAAAGAAGAAGAAUGCAAGCAUGCCACAGACUUAAUGUCGAAACUUGAAAGGGAACUUACCAGUGUAAGAGGAAGUCUCAGUGAGCAACUUCAAAACAAAAUUGAACUUGAAAAUUGGAAGUUGAAUGCACAAGAAGAAAUCAAAAACCAUCUUCAAAUAAUCCAAGAUUUAUCAGAAAACUCUGAAUAUCUGAAAAGAGAAAUUAUUGAACUUAAAACAAGUUUAGAUGAGAGAUGUAAAAGUCAAGAAAUGCAAGAUGGCAUCAUUGACGAUUUGACUGAAAAAUUAAAUAAUUCUGUAGCUCAAUUAAAUAAAAAACAAAAUGAUGUACAACAAUUGACGGAUUGUAUUGCCAACCAUGUGAAAGAACUUAAAACAGUUUCAGAGUUGCUAGAAAUAGAAAAAAAUAAAAAUUCUGAAUUACUGCCAUGGAAAACAGUAGCUGAAAAGAUGGAAACAGACAUAACAUGGCUGAAACAAAAUUUAGAUGAGAAAAUACAGCAACUUCAUUAUUUUUCUGAUAUUGAAAGUGAAAUGAGUGAACUCAAAAGAAGUCUUCUUCUAAAGGAGAAGGAGGUUGAAGAACUAAUUAUGUGGAAAUCUAAAGCCCUUAAUCUAGAAGAAGAGUUAAAAUCCAUGAAAGAUGGUAUGGCUACAUCCAUGCACAAAAUGCAUCUUGUAAAUGCGAUCUCAGAAGACAUCCAAAGUGAAGCAACUAGUGAGUUACCAAGUCAACUGUUACCUCAACAAAACCAGUUGAAUUUAAAAAAUUCUGUGAUUCCAUGUGUUCCUUAUGAAGCACAGCAACAUGUAUUAGAACUCGAAGCUGAAAUUCAAAAGCUGCGGGAAAGUUUAGAUCAGUCCUACUGGAGUCAGUCUGAAAAAGAAAUGUUAAACUUGGGUAUGGAAAAGACAGUAGCAGACCAGAAUUUGAAGCUCCAGAGACUAGAGAAUGAAGUUGUUAUGCUUAACCAAUGUAUUGCUAGACUUCAGGAGGAAAAAGAUAACCCAAUGACUCACAUAGAUCAACAUUUGCUGAAUGCAACCCCUCCAGAAAAUAAGAUUAGUCUAGAUCUGGAUCAGGAAGAAUUAGAGAUAUUACCAGGAGUUUUAGGCCAAAACGAUGUGCAAGAUGACAGUCUUCACAAUAUAAAUGGAACAGAAAAUGCAGAGCUGAUUGUUUCAGAGUUAAAGUCUGAAAUUGAAUCUUUAAGAAAGGCUCUUGCUGAUCAAGAAGAGAGACAUACCGAAAUGAACUUAAAGAUGUACUUGAAAGGGCAAGAGGCAGCCAAAUUUGAGAGGAAAGAUCAGCUUCUUGAAAUGGCCGUGCAAUCACCAGAGAAGGUAUCCAUUCCAGAACUUGUCUCACAAUUGGCUGAGACAGAAAAAGAACUGGAAAAAGUGAAGGAUAACCAGCUUGAGAACAUGCCUAAAAGCAGUCCGAGCUUGCUCAGCGCAAGCGAGGCUGUAUGCCUUUACCUUCUUGGUUCUUUCAAGGCAAUGUAUAGACAACUAGCAGAGGGACAAGCCAACAACAGCAGCAGCCCAGAAGCAACACUAUUAUUCCUCAAGUCAGCUGUCUACUACUUUUUAACUGAUGAAGCCAAUUGUCAAGGGCACCUACAUGCCAUUCAAAGUAUUUUGGGGUUCACUGAGGCAGAGAAACAGUCUAUUGAUAUGUUGACUUAUAUUCGCCGGUGAUCAGAUUUAUAGUUCAAAUUUGUUCAGCUUAGCUUUUAAGCAUGUAAGGGAAGUGAUGGGUCAAGUUUUAAUGGAUUUGUAUCUGAAUGGCUUUAAGCUUCCUGAUAGGUUAUUAGCACUGCUCCAACUGCAAAGCACUGCUAUUCAAGUGCACAUUUAUCUUUGUAAUUAUGCAAUGGAGGACUGACAGUACUUGUUGAAAUUUUGGAAAAGAAAGUUACCAGCUGUUAAGUUUUAUAUGUCAUGUUUUAAAUGUAAUAAAGUGCCUGAUUAUAGGUGAUAUUUUUAAUUAAAAGAAGUGAAUGGAUUUUAGAAA